GGGCACAGCGUACCGAUGGAUCGCGCGCUGCGUACUGGCGGUUCUCCACGCGGCUCGUAGGUUAGUCCGCAACUUCCGGGACCGAUAAGGAAGAAGGAAGAAGGUGAAAGAAAAGUAUCUAAAACCGAGAGCACAAUGCGGGCAACUGUCGCGGUGAUCUGCGUCUUCCUCGGCUGCUGCACCAAUGUCGUGUUUCUGGAACUACUUGUCAAGGAUGAUCCUGGCAGUGGGAAUCUCAUCACAUUCGCUCAGUUCCUUUUCAUAGCUAUCGAGGGAUUCUUGUUUACAUCUAAAUUUGGCACUGUCAAACCAACUAUAGGCAUAAAAGAUUAUUUUAUUUUAGUUGUAAUGUUUUUUGUUGCCAAUGUUUGCAACAAUUAUGCAUUUGACUUUAAUAUUCCUAUGCCUCUGCAUAUGAUAUUUAGAGCUGGUUCUCUCAUAGCCAACAUGAUUAUGGGUAUUAUUAUUUUAAAUAAAAAGUAUGCGUUUAGCAAAUAUCUAUCAGUAUUCAUGAUCACCUCGGGAAUAGCGAUUUGCACAAUCGUUAGCGGUAAAGAAAUUAAAUCCUUGCAGCAGAAAAAUGUAGAGCAAGUGCUCACGACACCAUGGGAAGAUUUCUUUUGGUGGACUUUGGGCAUAUCUUUACUCACAGUUGCUUUAUUCGUUUCUGCUAGAAUGGGUAUUUACCAGGAAGUACUGUACAGUCGAUACGGUAAAAAUGCGCGAGAAGCUUUAUACUAUACGCAUUUAUUACCCUUGCCGUUUUUCCUAACGCUAAUGCCUAAUAUUUAUGAUCACUGGAACUUCGCACUCGCAUCUGAACCAUUAAGAUUGCCUCUGAUUGGCGUGCAAAUGCCAUCGUUACUUGUAUAUUUAAUUGGAAACAUUUUGACGCAAUAUAUGUGCAUCAGCUCUGUAUUUGUUUUAACCACAGAGUGUAGUUCUCUUACAGUUACUUUAGUGAUAACAUUGCGAAAGUUCCUUUCAUUGUUAUUCUCUAUACUUUAUUUUAAGAAUCCGUUUACUAUAUAUCAUUGGAUUGGUACGUUACUAGUCUUUAUAGGUACGAUUAUUUUUACGGAAGUGAUACCAAAGAUUACACAAAGCUUGCAGAUAUUAAAAACGAAAAAGGUGGAAUAGGUAUGUUAAGAGUAAGACAAAUAUCUUUUAUUCUUAUCGAUUUAUAACUGUAAAUGGCAUUUUAUAGUGGUUGCAUUAUUUACGUACGGAAAACAGCAAGUACAAAAAAUUCUGAAGUAUAUAUUAUGCAAAAAUGAUCAAUACCUGUUCAUUGUUUUGUAUAAAUGCUUUUAUAAAAUAGAAAAUUAUAUUUGAGAAAUGCGUAAUCCCUCUACCUCAAUUAUAUUUUCAUAAUUCAAUAAUUAUUUAUUAAUGAAUAAAAGAAAUUGUACUCUUGCUCCUUUUAUCACUGCAUACGUACCUGAUGUUUUAUUGAUGCUUGUAUAUAAAUCAGGCUAUCGUUUAAUCAAUAAUUUCGCAAUUUUAUGGUUUUAACGAUGCAAGUAUAUUUCCAGUUCAUAGUAUAUAUAUAUAUUUUUUAUAUACAAUAAAUAUAUAUCUUUUUCUAUCUAGCAACAAUUUAAUUUAAAUUCGAUAUCAGGGCACAGUGUUCAAGUGUUAUAGAUCACCAUAUCGCUUAAUUUAAUUUCUUAAUUAGGCUCGUUGUUUGGAAAGUUCUCUCAGAAAAUGGCAAACGCAAAAUACGAUGUGAAAAACGAUAAAGUUAAAAUAAAAAAAAAAUAUACGCCGCAUAAUCAUGUUAAUAUCGCUGUAUUAUAACUUGGCACGCAUACAUAUAUAAUAUAUAUAUAUAUAUAUAUAUAGCUUGUAAAAGUCUUAGUUACAUGUAAAUUAAAUUAAUUUUCUAUUUACAUUGUCUAUUUAUGGAAAGAAGAGUGGACAAUGGCACGAGUUAAUUAUCCAUAUACGAGCUAAUUAUCAGAAUGCUCGUCGAAACAAACAUCAUGGACGAUUUUAUGAUAUAAAUGUACAAAAA